AUGGAUGGCAGAAAGCAACCUCACUCCAUACGCCAGCAGCGGUUACAUUCAAACGAUAUUACCGCCGAGGCGGGAGGCUUGCACAAUAUCCAAGUAUCGUACAACGCCCCCUUGAACGGCGAGCUGUCCAUACACUAUGGCUCCUGCGAUGUCGUUAGUAGCGCGGAUUGCCAUCAUGAGCUAGGCAGGACUCACGUUGGAAACCAUCCACUGGCCAAGCGCCGCGCUGCGCACGCAGAAUCUCGACCGAGAAGAUUCGUCUGGUUGCCUCCAAGUGACAUUACCACGGGAGGAUGUCUGCAUGCCUUUUCUGGAGAAACUCUGGUUGGGCGCUCUGCUCCAGUGACCGUCAAAUCUCGCAAGCAACGGAGAUGGACAGCUGCGGCAGAUAUCAUGGAAGCUGAAGGGCCCUGGUUCGACGGCGUUGAGUAUUUAAAGGAAAAGGAGCCCAGCGAUGUCUUCGUCGCACAGACCAAGGCUCAAACCAUCGGCAUCAUUGGUGGUGGUAUGUCUGGAUUGAUGACUUCGCAUCUGCUGGACUCAGUUGGCUUCCAUGAUUGGAAAAUCGUUGAGGCUUCCGGCCGCAUUGGAGGGCGUGUGCAUACCGCUUAUCUCAACGGGACCCGACCUGACCAGUACCAGUAUCAGGAGAUGGGACCGAUGCGCUUUCCUGUCAGCAUCACCUACCCAGAGACUAACGAGGCACUGGAGAUUAAAGACCACAGGAUGGUCUUCCAGCUUGCCGAAGUGUUGAACGAGCAGAACAAGCACGAUCCUGAUUAUGCCGUCAACUUCAUCAAAUGGAUCCAGAGCUCCGCAAAUGCACCUGCAUCCACGUCCAAGAGGCGACCGGAUGGGACCGUCCCAGGAGUGACAGAGUAUGCCGAAAAACCUCGCUAUCAGGACAACGCCAACCUCACCUACUCCAAUGCCACUGCCGUAUACGAGGCAGAGGACGCUUACAGCGAAUGGAGCAGCAAAGUCUCCACCGCCGAGAUGGCACACAACAUCUACCGUGCUCAUAAGAAAGCCGUGGAUGAAGGAUUGUUCGACUUCUCCGAAGCAGGAUAUCUCAACUAUGUCUUGAAGCUGAACAAGAACAUCACCGAUCAAGUGGACUCCUUCCUGGACAACUCGCCGUCAUGGGGAUAUGAGAAUACUUACUUCUCUGCAACUGAAUGGAAGACGAUCGACAUGGGUCUUACACGGCUACCUGCUGCGUUCGGUCCGCAGGUGAUCAAUCGUACCAUCUUUGACACGACUGUACAAGGUAUGAGCUGGAACGAGAACACCGAGAAAAUGACAAUCGAAUACCGUAAUCAAGACGACCUCUUCGCCACCUCUCCUCAAACCAUGGACUUCGACUACACCGUCGUAGCCGCCCCCUUCAGCCGCGUCCGCCUCUGGCGUCUGCCCGACUACAGCUCCCUCCUCACCCGCGCCAUCACGAACCUCAACUACGACCAAUCCUGCAAAGUAGCGCUCAUGUACAAAUCCCGCUUCUGGGAGCAUCUCGAGCACCCCAUUUACGGCGGCUGCGGAUCGACUGAUAUCCCUGGGAUCGGGAGUAUUUGCUACCCUUCGUACGAGAUCAACUCGACAGGGCCAGGGGUACUGUUGGCUUCAUACGUGUCUACAACGCCAGCAAGGUCUGUGGGUGCAUUGACGGAGGAGCAGCAUGUAGCGAUGGUGCAGAGGGCGAUGGUGGAGGUGCAUGGCGAUAUAGCGCAAGAUGAGUUUACAGGGCAGUAUGAUCGUAUCUGUUGGGAGUUCAAUGAGUAUCAGGCUGGGGCGUGGUGUGCGCCUGUGGUUGGGCAGCAGGAUCUGUAUUUGCCCAGCUACUUCCAUACCGAGAAGCACACCGUCUUUGUCGGCGAGCAUACGAGCUACACACACGCUUGGAUCUGGAGUGCCCUAGAAAGCGCUGUCAGAGGCACGACGCAGUUACUGCUGGACAUGGGUCUGGUGGAUGAGGCGAAGCAGAUUACAGAGUUUUGGAUGGCAAGGUGGAUCAACGUAUAA